CAGAGCUCCUUUGUUCCUCUAGGUAAGCGCAGCCUUAGGAGAAGCAGCGGGGCUGAAGAGGACAGUAGAAUGUUUAAAUUUUUACGAAACAUGAUCCUUUAAUUUGAUCAACCUGCUCAGAUUAGUAAUGGUGUCUUCUCUGAGAAGGGGAAGGGGUCGAGGGGUCAGGCAGUGUCUGCUGCAGUCGCUUCUGCUGUUGGCAGCCUGGGAGGCCGGAAGCGGCCAGCUCCACUACUCGAUCCCCGAGGAGGCCAAACACGGCACCUUCGUGGGCCGCAUCGCGCAGGACCUGGGGCUGGAGCUGGCGGAGCUGGUGCCGCGCCUGUUCCGGGUGGCGUCCAAGGAGCGCGGGGACCUUCUGGAGGUAAAUCUGCAGAAUGGCAUUUUGUUUGUGAAUUCUCGGGUCGACCGGGAGGAGCUGUGCGGGCGGAGCGCGGAGUGCAGCAUCCACCUGGAGGUGAUCGUGGACAGACCGCUGCAGGUUUUCCACGUGGAGGUGGAGGUGAAGGACAUUAACGACAACCCGCCGGUGUUUCCAAAGCCAGUAAAGACUCUCUGGUUUCCGGAAUUGAGGUUGCUUGACUCAAGAUUUCCUUUAGAGGGAGCAUCUGACCCAGAUAUCGGAGUAAAUGCUCUUCUCUCCUAUAAGCUUAGCUCCAAUGAAUUUUUCUUUCUAGACAUACAGACAAAUGAUGAACAAAGCCAGUCUUUGUUUCUUGUGCAAGGGAAAUUUCUGGACAGAGAGGAAACUGCUGAACUUAAUUUGUUACUAGUAGCUACUGAUGGCGGUAAACCUGAACUCACAGGCACAAUUCAAAUACUCAUUAAGGUGUUAGAUGUGAAUGACAAUGAACCUACUUUUGACCACUCAGUUUACAAAGUACAAUUGUCUGAGAACACUGCAAAUGGAACAUUAGUGAUUAAAGUAAAUGCUUCUGAUGCUGAUGAAGGAUCAAACAGUGAUAUUGUAUAUUCACUCAGCGAUGUGUCCUCCAAUACAGAGAAGUUCAAAAUAAAUCCACACUCAGGAGAAAUAAAAACUAAAGGGAAAUUAGAUUAUGAAGAAAUGAAAUCCUAUGAUAUUCUGGUUAUUGCAUCUGACAAAGGAACUCCACCAAUGUCAGGGCACUGUAAAAUUUCACUAAAACUUGUGGAUAUAAAUGAUAACACACCAGAAAUCUCAAUAUCCUCUCUCUCACUUCCUAUCCAAGAGAAUGCACCACUGGGCACCGUCAUUGCCCUUAUCACAGUGUCCGACCACGACUCGGGUAUUAAUGGACAGGUAACUUGUUCCUUGACACCCCACGCCCCCUUCAAGCUGGUGUCCACGUUCAAGAACUACUAUUCCCUGGUGCUGGACAGCGCCCUGGACCGGGAGAGCGCCUCUGACUACGAGGUGGUGGUGACGGCCAGGGACGGGGGCUCGCCCUCGCUUGAUAAGAUUAUUUUAUCGCGGUAUGUCUAG